AUGGAGACCGAAGACACCUCCUUUUUAAAGGACCCAGAGCUGCUCUCAGGGGCGCUGAUAGACGUGGCCAAACACCUGGGCAACCUGACGUUCAGAGUCUGGGAGAAGAUGCUGGGGAUGGUGCAGUACACUCCUGUGAUGAUGGACCCCAACACUGCAAAGGCCUAUCUCUCUCUCUGUGAUGAUCUGACCACUGUGAGAUACACAGGUACAGCGCAGAACUGUCCUGACAACCCAGAGAGAUUUAACAACUAUUUGUUGGUGCUGGGAUCUGAGGGGUUCACCUCAGGGAAACACAGCUGGGAGGUGAAGGUUGGGAAUAAACGUGAGUGGGAUGUAGGAGUGGUGAAAGAGUCCAUCAACAGGAAGGGAGAUAUAACAUACAGCCCAGAGGAUGGAUUCUGGGUCAUAGCGCUGAGGAAUGGUGAUAAGUACAGAGCAGCAGGAGGUACUGACCUCACACUGAAGAGGAAACCCCAGAGCAUCAGGGUGCAGCUGGACUAUGACAGGGGGGAGGUG